AUGUUCUUCAGCUGCCGCGCCAAACAGCCCACGCCUCCGCCGCCCCGGCCGCACUGCGUCUACUCUGGCUGCGUUCAUAAGGUCUUGAAAUGCGAGGCACCGGCCAAAGCUAAGCGCAUUCUCUCCAUCUUUUGCAAAGAUCAUGCCUGCCGGUCGCGUACUGGUGAGAAGAUGUGUACAAACCCCAAACAGCCUGGUUUAUCCAAGUACUGCGAAGAUCAAGACGGCCGCUGCCACUGCCAGGGCUGUACCAACCAGCGCAUCUUCGCCGACGCAAACCAGGACUGGCCAUAUUGCCAAAGCCAUACUUGCGCAACCUACGGAUGCCACAAUAAGCGGGCCACCAACUCCCAGAUGUGCAGCUUCCACACGCCUAUUUGCCUUAUCCCCGCCUGCGGUCACCCGCGCGUCGGCGACGGCCUCUACUGCCCGAGUCACAGCUGCACCGACAAGGACUGCAACAGCGUAAUCGACGGCGGCAACUGGUGCAGAGAUCACCGGCUCUGCAAGACCGCGGAGUGUGACUCGCUGAGAGUCGUCUCGCCCGGUGGAACACACGAGGAAGUUUGCUGGUUCCAUUUACCGACAGCUUGCAACGCGACGGCCUGCGGAGCCCUCGUCAGCGGCGGCGUCCACUUCUGCCCCCAGCACGAGUGUACAUAUCCGCCAUGUCGAGAGCGCAAAGACAACGCAACAGAUGCAUCAAGACUCUACUGUGCCAGUCACACCUGCCACGCCCAAACCUGCCCCCAACCAGCAGCAGACCUCGCGAACCCCUCGAAACCGCCACACCAACCGAGCUUCUGCGUAGCGCACAAGUGCGCAGCAAGUCCAGAGUGCCCACACCCUUCCAAACCGUCUAGCCGCCGCUGCGCACUCCACGCCUGCCUGCACCCGUCCUGCCCAGCUCCGCGCGCCGACGAUCCGCUCCUCGUCUCCGCAAGCCAGUUCUGUAUGAGCCACGAAUGCCGGGCUGCCGGAUGUCAUUGCGCCGCGAGAUCAAAUGGGAGUUUUUGCGACGCGGUCCACGCCUGCGUCGUUCCCGGGUGCCCUUCCCCGCGCGGAGUUGGAACCGGUGGCCCCGGAUCGGUAUGCUGCGCCUUACACACGGCCAUGAUUGCCCGCGACACCGCGGGCUGGAGCACGGCUACCGAGCGCAAGAGCAUGCCCACGCCGCCUUCCUCUCCGCUACCGCAGAGACAGAAGCAGAAAUUCCCGUAUCUCAGUCAGACGGAGGAGGCGCUGGGAAUGCGGUUCAGGGAGGAGAGAGAGAGGCAUGAUCAGGAGGCUAGACUUGCGGAGGAGACGAGGGCUUGGCAUGCUGUUACCACGGCUUCUGCUGCUCGCGGCGGAAACGGUGAUAUCGAGGUUGUUGGGGGUGUGCCGUUGCCAGGAGGGCUCGAGACGAGGGGCAAGAGGCACAAGGCCAGGAGAAGGGGGAGUUAUGAUAGUGGGGUCGCGCCUAGUCCGACUGUGAGUGAGGGAACUUCACCGAGUGACUUUACGUUUGUGAGUUGA